AUGGAUCAGGAUGACGGGCUGACGGCUGUGGACAACAUAGUCACCCAGUUCAACACCUAUGAAGAUUUCCUCGACUCGCAGAUCACGACCGUGGACUUGUUCUACCUGGAGGAUGAAGGCCUGGCCCGCCAGCUGGUGGAGCUGGGCUACCGAGGGACCGGAGAGGUGGUGAAAAGGGAAGAUUUUGAAUCCAGGAAGGCAGCUAUUGAGAUUGCAAGGCUGGCUGAGCGAACUCAGAAAAAGACAUUAACAAGUGCUGGUAAAAACCUGCAAGAAAAUUUUCUGAGAGCUCUGGCAGUGAGAGAAGAAGACAAUCGCAAUGGGAAAGUGAGCUCUGUGAUAUUCAUUCGUGACAGGAAUUCUCAUGGGCAAGAGAUAUCAGGAUAUAUUGACUAUGCCCACAGGCUGAAGUCUGAAGAUUUUGAAGUCUACUUUACUGGGAAAAAAAGACUUCUUCCAAGAUCCACAGAUUUGAGCUUUUACAACUGGGACAGUCAAGUUGCUGUUUGGAAUUCAACUCCCAAUUAUCAAGUGAUUGCUGAUAAUCCAGAAGGCUUGCUUUUCAAAUACAAAAGAGACAGGAAAAUUCUCAACGUGGACCCAAAAGCUUUACCAGGUGACAACUCUACUAGAAUCCCUAUCCAGACAGAGCUCUACAUACAAGCUGUCAUUUUUGACCACGUUUCCAGAAGAAAGACUUAA